AUGUUUUUCGCUGAUGAAUUAUUAGAAGCUAUUGAAACAUUGCCAAAUGACGAAUUUGAAGACUUUUUUAAUAAUUUGGAAAGUGGAAUGAAUAAAGCCUAUGAAUAUUUGAAAAAUGACUGGAAUAAAACGCCUACAGAUAGGGAAUUAAUGAUUGCAAAAGACCUAGAAAAUGAUAUUAAUUGUGGAAUUAAUGAUACUUUCGGUUUAAAAGAAAUGCAGCAGGUCGAAGGACUUUUCCAUAAAUUAGAUUUAAAAACUCAUGCGAAUAUGUCAUUAUUUCUUAAACAAUCAAAACUUCGAUUAGCCUCGGGUAAGAUUGAAAAAGAGGAUUUAUCUGCAGGUCUUAAAGAAAUUCGUGUUCAAAGAAGAGAAAAAGAAAAACAAAUUCCGCUUCAAGAUAAGCAAUCACCAUCAUUUGGAGAAGAAAUUGCAUCACAUCUUUUUAAUUGUUUAUUAGCAGGCAUUCUCGAUGUUUCGGAAAUUACUCCUUCCUUGAUAAAAAAUCUCUUAAAAGAACUAGGCGAAGUUAACAGAAAAGUUGCUAUUGCCAUCAAAAAUCUUUCGCCAGAAAUAGUUUUGAGAAACCUGAAUGAUAAAGGGUUGGUUUGGGGAGCUCGUAAGGUUGCUAGCGUAGCUGCAGGAACUGUAGGAGUCAUUGUGUACCAUCUCAAAGAUCGUAAUGAAUCCUUGGCCUUUAAGUGGAGCAUCCCAUUUAAUUACGCCUUCUACUCAAAUUGGUGGAACUUAAAAGUAUAUAAAGGUCGUGUCAGAGCUAAUCAAGAAUUAUAUGACAAGAUGUACCAUAAACUUCCUCAUGAAGGGGACAAUAAAGUUUACUGCGGAGUCCUAAGUGAUGAUUUACUUUACAAGGGAACUAUGGGAAAUUCUGGCAUGCUAACCAUUGAAGUUGAGACCUUAAAUUAUAGUACUAUUAGUACAACUCCUUUUGUUAAAGAAAUGAAGCAGAAUUUCUGA